UCAUUCAUCAAGACCUAGUGUUGCUAUAUAUUCUAAGUAUGCAUGCCGUAAGGUCUGGUAUUUAUAAUAACGUACAAGUGUGUAUACGUUAUGGGAGUAUCGGGGAACCAACGAGGCAAGGAAGUGGAGAACACAGACACUUCAAGCGGUGUUAGACAAGAGUAUGCAUUUUCUCCACUCAAUCUAAGUUUGUUCGCCAAAUGGAAUCGAUUUCGUAGUUUCUUAGUAAUUUUGUCCAAAAAGGUCAAAAAGAAAGUUCCUACUACUACUAGGACGGAUUCAAAGGAUUCAGUUGACAGAGAUGCUGUGCUUGCAAGGGUUGAAUCAGAGAAAAGACUGGCUUUAAUAAGAGCAUGGGAAGAAAGUGAGAAGACAAAAGCAGAGAACAGGGCAUAUAAAAGGCACAAUGCUGUCGUAUUGUGGGAGAAUAGUAAGAAAGCAUCUGCGGAGGCACAUCUUAAAAGGAUUGAGGAAAAAUUGGACAGAAACAAGGCCAAGUGUGUUGAAAAAAUGCAAAACAAUGUUGCUGAAAUUCAUAGAACAGCAGAAGAGAAAAGGGCAAUGAUAGAAGCCAACAGGGGAGAAGAAUUCCUAGAAAUAGAGGAGAAAGCUGCUAAGUUUCGUACCCGUGGCUAUUCACCCAGGAAAUAUCUUCCAUGCUUCGGCAGCAGUUAAAGGAUUUUCAGCCAAAUGAAACAAAAAACACAAAUUCUCAUGGCUUGCUUUUUUUGUUGUUAUACGUUUAAAUUUUGCUGUGUAAUAAGAGCCGGACAUUCAUAUUUGCAUAUUAGAAAAAGCAAGGAAGAUAUAAUAUAACGAGAAUAGUUCUCAUGUCAAGGAUGUGAGAUUCAAUCA